AUGUUUCGGUGCAACGAUGACAAUAACAACAACGGAAGCAGCAGUGUGAGUCGUGAUGAGGAGACCAACGGUAGUAGCAUCAAGAACGAUGGCAGCAGCAGCCUCCUAGCAAAGGAUCCAAGAGAUCCCGGUCUACCCGCCGUAAAUUCAUUCGUCCUCGACGUGGGUGAUCCAGUGUGGAAGGAUAUCCUCACUGAUGAGCAAUAUGCCAUCAUCACCUCUGCUGGAAACCGUGCUUUCCUUCCCCUUUCAAGCGCUGUUAAAGCCAUCUUCGAUCUGACGUCCGCUGCUUGCAAAGCUGCAAUUAAGGCACAAGAGGUCAAAGCCCUCGGCCCUUACAAUCCGUAUGAUGAAUGUGAUGAAGAUUGGUUGCAGGAUCUGCUUCUGAGAUUCCUGCACCUGUACAGGUGGAAUGUCGUAAACUGGGUCUCUACCAGUGGAUCCGAAAUGGAUUUCGUGGCUCACGUUUGGUCACUUUUGGACGAGUGCUUUGAGAGCCUCAAUGUCCAAACACGAAGAGACCAAACGUGUAUCGCCACCAGCACUGAUGAAAACCGUGGUAGAGUUGUCAAUGACAAGGCCGUUGAAAAUCAGCGAGAAAGUUCCGACCUGACUUGA